GAACUACAUAAUAUACUUUCAAGUAGAGACUAAUAGACGGAUAACUAUUUUACUGUAAGAGCCUCAGAUAAUGACCAGUUUAGCCCCGAGCGGACCACCUCGUUACACUACCGACCAACCGCCGCCUCCACCGCAGCAGCACCACACGCUAGUCCCUCUCCUCCAUCAUCCUCACUACUCGACCGAGAUGCUCCCAUCAGCUGGAGGACAAUUCGGAGACGACUCUCUCCCAAGAGACCAGUUCACAUCGAUCAUAUCCACCAUGCCGCAGUUUAUAGAAGACGAGCCGUAUCCAGAGAACAGCCUGGAGAGAAAGGAGAGAGAGAUCAUACACACAAACCGAGUGAAACUAACUGAUUACAUACACGAUGCGACUGUGCUCUUUCCUCACAUGAAGCAGCAUGGGAUAUUCUCAGUCUUUGACUGUGAUGUUAUAAAAGGUGAAACCGUUGCUCAUAAUCGUGUUGAUAAGUUCAUUGAUGUCUUAUUGACCAAAGGCCCAAAGGCAAUCGGUGUGUUUCACGAGUCCUUAGGAAAGACCUACCCUGGAGUCUUUGAUUAUUUGACAAGACUUUUUGCCAGCACUGGCAUUGAUUUACCAGAAACAAGACGAAUGAGACCUGCUAGUAUCAUAGAUCAAGUAUCAGAUGAUUAUCCUAGGGACGAUGCCACAAGUAAAGACUCACAAGGAGGAGGUCCUGGAGACGAGGAGAGUGGAAGUGCAACUGCAGGGAAGUCAUGGGGACAGAAUGUGAGCAGGAGGGGAAUGACUGUUAGACGCAGCCUUGAUGUACUCAGUAGGCAGCUGGAUGCCAUUCAGACUGAAAGAAAUGAACUGAAGAAUGCUCUGUCCUCAAAAGAAAAGGAAAUCUCUGAUCUUAUAAGAUCAAAAGAGAAGAACAGAGACGACCUUCUCUCCAUUACUCAGCACUACCAAGAAAUUUACAAGAAUUUGGUCAACUGGAAAGAGUCACUGACUUCUGAAAAUUCACAACGUCUCCAAGAGCUCCUGGCAGAGAGGGAGUGCAUUCAGGCUGAGUAUGAUGCUCUGGAGAAUGAUUAUGCUUUAGUACAGCUGGAGCUGAGGGCAGCAAGAGAGAGGAUAAGUCGACUAAUGAAUCACCUGGAGAGAAGUGAACAACUGGUGGCAUUCACUCAAGAAGAGAGAGAUGUCUUGCAGAAUAAAGUUGGUCAAUUAGAGGGAGAACUUCAAAGACUAGAAAGGAAGAAGCAGAGGGAUAUGGGUGGAGCUAGUAAAGGACUCACGGCAGGAAGGAGAGACACUGAAGUGGACCAACUAGCAAAACAACUUGAGAAAGCACAGAAAGAGCUCGAGGCCUCAAGAGCUGAGAGUGUUGAGCUCUCCGAGAGACUCACUGUGGCCAGGAGAGAGAGGAACGAGGCACUGGAAGAGAAAGAUGAAAUACUCCGGAAGCAAUACCUUGAAGAACAAAAGAGAAAGAAAUUGGAGAAUGAGUUGAGAGGAAUGUACAAGAAGCUUCAGCAGAUCAAAGACUCUUCAGAGAGUCACUCGAGCGAUGGCUCUUACUCCAUGCACCCGGGAUAUCCUGAGGGCACUGUUGAAGUCAAGAUGGAGGAUUUCACUACCGUCAUACAAGCAUCAGAAGAUAUGGGGAUGAAGUUGGGUCUAGGUAUACUGGUAGUCCAUGUUGAUGAGAAUGGUUUAGCUACUCGGUGUGGCAUUAAGCCAGGGGAUCAGCUCUGUCAGAUUAAUCACAUUACCGUUACAUCUGAUCGUGACCCUCUUGAUCUUUGCAAUCGCCUAUUACACAAUGCUUCAACACUAGUAACUCUCUUGAUCCGUAGACCGGUCGUAUCAUACGAGACUAGCACUGGUACGGGGGUAGGGGGGAACAGCAGGACAAUGACCUCUAACUCUGUACAGACCCUGAGCAUGAUACACCAGACCCCUUCUACUAAUGACGCAAGGAAAGCUUCUACCAUAGGCCGGUUUGCAUUGCCUCUUAACAACUGGGAUGCUGGUAACUCAUUCGUACCCGACUAUCUGGGAUGCUUUCAGCCUACUCCUGCUUCUUCUAAACAGAUGGUUGGUAGCUUGCCAAAUCCAACUCCGAUGAAAUCAGCAUCACCAACACUUGCUUCACUGCCAGGGAGAGCUGAUAUGGUCACACAUGGCUUCAAUAUGUUGAACAAAAGAAGAAAAAUGAAAAAUAAUAAAAGAAAGAACUCAGAAGAUGCCCAGAGCUGUCAUACUUCUUCAUCGGAUGACGAUCAAAUGGAGAUCUCAUUCCCUCCUGAUCUCUCUAGCUCUUUUGAUAACAGCAACACUGGGAUAGUCCAUUCUCCUGAUAACCUCCGCAAGGGAAAGUUUGACUAUCGCUGCUCUAACACCGACGAUGAAGACCUACCUCCUAGCAUCUCCCGUCCAUCAACUUUCAUCACUGACGGAUCCGAUGAUUAUGAACUGGGAGGAAUGGCAACACUUAACGUGAAAGACCCACUGGAUGAUAUUGAUAAAGAGAGUAACAGUUCUUCUAAUAUCAGUCCCUCUCGUCCUCCCUAUCUCCAGCUGUCCAGCACUCCUGCAGAUAUCACUGUCUCUAAGAAGAAGGCAGAGAGCCCAAGACUGAAAAGAGCUGAAGCUAGAAGAUGGAUGGCUAAACACAGAAGAUCACAGUCCCUUGUUGAUAUGAAUGACGUUGCCAAUGCUAUAGUAGUGGAUACCACAGAUCUGAAUACCAGGCGUGUCAUAAUACCCUGGGGUCGUCUGGGCGACGGUAUCUCGUUAGUUGGUGGGCGUGGUCGGGGUAUCUUUAUAUAUUCAGUAAAGGAAGACAGUCGUGGGCUGCAGACUGGAGACGAAGUGUUAAAAAUUGGAGGUGAGUCGGCGAAACACAUGACGUAUUCGGAUGCUGUGAAAACGAUUGAGUUUUAUGCCAGCAAAGGAGACCAGUGUAUGAUAACGGUCCAGAGUAAUCUAGAGGGGUUUAAGAAACUAUCAUCACUCCAAGAUAGAGACUCAUUUUAUGUCAAGACACUCUACAGUCACAAGAAAGCACUGGCCCCCAAGGAGCUGACAUUUGACGAAGGAGAAGUGAUGAGAGUCAUAGACACAAUGCCACCAAUGCCAAACAUGUGGAAAGUGAAGCGUAUUGACGCAUAUGGGAAGGAGACAGAGGAAGGAUACAUAAGCAUUGAGAGCACAAUGGAGAACUGGUCACAGAAAGUCCAAGCUGGCACAACAGCCACCUUCCCCAUUAUAUCGAGAUUCUCACAAAACAGGAGACUCAAUAGUACCCCUGGGCCGGAGGGUUUUCAGUCUCUGCGUAAACCAGGGACCAGCGAAGAACCUUACGACAUGUUCCAGCCAGUCAGGAUGUUAAGAGUCAACUCCCCAAGGCCCGUUAUCAUAAUGGGAGUGUGUGAGAAUGAAGUGAGACAAGCUCUCCUGGAAGACUCUGCCUUCUCUCUGCCUCCAAUAAAGUCCCACACUUCACUCACAAUGCUUAAAGACAAUGAAGGAGCCACUGAUCAUAUCCUCUUAAAGAGGACUGGAGAGAAUGUCCGCUAUUGCAUAGUAUCUGACAUCAAAUCAAUUGCCGACCAAGAUCAACACUGUGUGUUGAUGGUAGAGCCAACACAAUUAAAGAACAAUCGUGCCCUCUCCUCCAUCAAUCCCAUCACUUUAUUGUUAUUCACUAAGAAGAGCAGCACAAUCACCUUCAAGUUCCAAGUAUACAAAUGCUCAUCUGAGACUGUCAGUAAGUAUCUUCAGGAUUUAAAGCAGAUAGAAGAUGAAUACUCGUCUUGUUUUACUGGCAAGAUUGAGAUUAGUGGCGGGUUGGACAACAUUGUCAAACAAGUUAAGAGUGAAAUAGCGUGUCAACAGAAUAUGGUCAUAUGGGAAGAAGAAGACUGAGUCAUUUUUAUUUCAUCAUAAUCAUCAGAAACAAAAUUAAUAAUUAUUAUCAUCUUUCAUUUUUAUUCUUUUAGUGUAAUGGCUGCUGCUUCAGGCAAAA